CGAUCAAAAUCAAAGGAAAUUCUCUAACAAAUAGGCGGUUUUGUUGAUUCAAAAAAAAAAAAGAAAGAGUAGUCUUCGAUCAGUAGAUUAACCUGUACUUCGAUUGGGAAACUGGGCAUUCAAUAGUUUUAAUGUGUUUCCUGAAUUGGUAGGGAAAAUAGAGAGAUUUGUCCGUAUUUUCUCAUCCCCUUAUUGGCGCUUUAUUCCCUCGAGAGAUAAAGAAAUAAAAGCAUUUCCAGAGAAAAUCUCAAAUUUUUUGGUGGGCGAAGGAUUCUGUGUUUUUGUUCCUCCGACCGAUAUUCAAGAAGUGCCAAGUUGGGUAUUAUAGCGAUAAUCUCUGGUAACCAUUUGGAUGGUUUGUGUGAUUCGCAAUAUCAAGUUGAGUUCUUUGUGUUUUUGGUAGGUAGCUGUGAGGCUUGGCUUAUCUGAAUUCGUGUUUCUUGUUGAUUGCAAGACGAUCAAGAUUUUGGCUUCAAACCCAAGUGACCCAUUAGCGUUUUCUGCGUAAAUUUGAUCGGGUUUGGGGAGCUGUUUCUUGUAGCUGGAAAUUUUUGAUCGGAGGGAGAUUUAUUUCAUUGUGCAGUUUCUUUUGUGUUCUGACAGAAAUUCUGUUUGAUUACGACAAUAAACCGUAACGGAGGUUUUCUCAUGGGAGGAUCGAGAAGGAUCUUCUCCUUUUGAUUCUUGAGGUUCUUUCUUUCUCGGCUGGUACAUAGAAAUCUGAUCCGCGGCUCUGAUAUUUCAACCAUGGCUGCGAAAUCUGGUGCUCUUGAUUACUGGCGUAAGUACUUCGGAAGUACGAAUUUGGACAUCUUUGAGGUCAUCGAGUAUGCGAUCGUGGUUGCUGCUUCGGAUUGUCCCAAAGAGUUUAAGAUGAGAAGGGAUCGAAUUGCUGAGCGGCUCUAUACAUGUAAAUAUACUAGGUGUUCUGGGUGUGAUCGUGUGGAACUAGCAGUACCAGAGGAGGAAUUAGGCGAUGAUGGAGGUUGCAAAAGUGGUGGUGACUUUGAGGUUUCUGUUGGGAAGGAGAGCAAGGUUAAUAGCUGUACAAAAGAUAACCCUGAGGCUGACCUGAACAGGGUGAGUAAUUACAGCUUUGAUGAAGCAGAGGCACUGACGGAAGAGAUUGAGGAGGAAACUCAGAUUGUUGGUGAGGUCUUGAGGAUCAAAGAGAUUCUUUUUGACAGUCAAUAUCAGUCUGAUGGGAUAUUGUUCGAAUCAUUAAGGAGGCUUCAAUUGAUGGCGCUUACUGUGGAUACAUUGAAGGCAACUGAAAUUGGAAAGGCUGUAAAUGGUCUCCGGAAGCACCAUUCCAAGCAGAUUCGUCACCUUGCAAGAACUCUUAUUGAUGGCUGGAAGGUUAUGGUUGAUGAGUGGGUGAAUGCAGCAGCUGUAGUUGCAGUUGCAGGUGCCACAGAAAGUUCCCCAGAUUCUGUAAACCCUUCUGUCGUUGAUGAAGAAGAAGGGUUGCCUUCACCUCCACUGGAUGAAGGAGCAUUCUUUGCAACUCAGACUACUUCAAUAGAGCUUUCUCAGUUCUUUGAUGGAAUGGAUGAUGAUGGAAAUCCUCGAAACAAUGGGGAAUUCGACAAGAAUCGGGAGAAUGGAAGAAAAGCAACAAUGGAGAGCCACAAUAUUCCCAGGAGGAAACCACCACCUCACAGUGAAUCGAAUUCGCUCUCCAAGGAUAGCAAAGGCCAGCAGCCAGUACGGAAACCCGACACUAUCAUCAAGCAAACUAAGCCUUCCAGCACUGAGUCUGGGCCAGGGAGACCUCCAAAGCAAAGCUCAGAACCCAAAGCCAGUAACGAGACGAAGUUCCAACAAAGGAUGGAUCUCACUGGAAUCCAGAAAAGGCCAGUGGCCGGUCAACAAGAUAAAUCGAAGUUGACAGAUGAAAUUUCAGUGCGAGCGAAACUUGAAGCUGCUAAGAGGAAGCUUCAAGAGGGGUACCAACAAGCUGAGAAUGCCAAGAAACAGCGGACGAUACAGGUCAUGGAGUUGCAUGAUCUCCCCAAGCAGGGGCUUGGUCAGAGACAUCCCCAUGUUAAACCUGGCAACCAUAAUAGGCAUUGGGCAAAUGGACGACGGUAG